AUGCCGUGUCGCGUGAUUCUGCUGAUCGUUCUGCUUGGACUUGGCGCAGCAGCGGCGCAAGAGCCAACCGCGGACGGAGAUACCAACGGCGACGGCGUCGUUGAUGCGGCCGAGGAGAGGGCCCAGCAGCAGCUGCAUGACUCGCUCGUGCAAGCGGCGGCGCUGAUGGAGCACGGCAGCGCCACCGCCAAGGAGGCGCGUCCCGCUGCGACCGAGGAGAUUGCGCGGAUGGCCAUCAUCACAACCAUUGACCAGCCGUUCCACCCCGUCACCUACCGCAACGCGGCCAUCAAGGCGGGGAUCGUCGAGCUGCUGGUUGCGCUGCUCUCGCCCACCGCGGACGCGACGGCCGCUGCGCAGCGGAACGCGCUCGCCGCGCUCGAGGCCAUUGCGACCGACGACCCCACCACCGACCUCGACAAUGACCACGCGCGGUACGUCUGCGACGCGGGCGCCGUCCAGCACGUCGUGAGGCUGCUGUCGUCGCCGCAGGAGCAGCUGCAGGUGCAGUCGGCCGCGUGCGCUGCCAUCCUUGCCGAGAGCGUGCCGUGCCAGACCGCGCUCAGCGCCGCAAAGGCGGAGGUUCCGCUGGUGCAGCUCGGCACCUUCGGCAACGACGUGCGCGGCGCCCCUCUCGUCACUGCUCCCCCCACCCCAUGCCCUGGUCUGCCGCCUUCCUCGCAGCCGCUCCCUCACGGACGCUGCCUUCGCGAUUGCUCGCCUCACACCCCGCCACCGCCACGAUCGCUCCCUCACCUGCCGCCACCGCUUCCGUCGCCGCGUCUGCCCUCGCCGACGCUCCCCCUCG